AUGAACAGCUUACGAGCGGGGAGGCCAUCAAAGUCUCCUCUGUUCCUGGUCCUCGCCGCCGUCCUCAUCUUCGCAGUAGCCGUCGAGGCCUCGUACGGCGAUCGGUUACCAGAGUUCCGAGAAUGCGUACAAGUUGAGCGCCUCGCCGCCGGCGAGCGCGUGGUCCAAUUCCACGGAAAAUGGCCCUUCCCCCGCAUCCUAGGCAUCCAAGAGCCCGCCAGCACGCUCUUCAGCCUCGGGAACCUCUGGGCCCACCAGAACGGCUGGCGCAAGCUCCGCGCCGUCAUCCCGGCGUCGUACCCGCUGCGGCCCUGGUACGAGUGGCUCGCGGGCGUGGGCAUCGCCUCGUGGACUUUUAGCGCAAUCUUCCACACCCGCGACUUUGUGGCUACGGAGCAGCUCGACUACUUUGCUGCGGGCGCGAGCGUUCUGUACGGGCUGUACUACACCGUGGUGCGCAUCAUGCGCCUGGACCGGCCGACGCCGCGCCGGAGGUCGGUCCUGCGCGCGUGGACGCUGCUGUGCGUGCUGCUGUACGCCGGGCACAUUGCCUACCUCAAGGGCGUGCGGUGGGAUUACACGUACAACAUGACGGCCAACGUCAUUAUCGGCGUGAUUCAGAACCUCAUGUGGUUGUGGUUCAGUUUGAACAAGUACAGGCAGUCACGGAGGACGUGGGCCAUCUGGCCGAGUAUCGUUGUCGCGGUCGUCGUCAUGGUCAUGAGUCUGGAGUUGUUUGACUUCCCACCUGUGUGGGGUGCUUUGGAUGCGCACAGUUUAUGGCACCUGGGCACGAUCCCGCCAACUGUACUCAUGUACAAGUAA